CUACAAGAAACCAAAAGGAAAAGAAAACAAACUAUAAAAGUAAAAAUGGCGAACGCUGCGCUUCUCCUGCGCCUCAUUCCGGCUGCGUUGUUGGCGGUGGCUAUCUUUCUCAGAGCUGCGGAUGCCGGCGUUGGCCCAGAGUGGAUCCCGUUGGACAAUCGGGCGGCCUGCCGGGGAUCGAUCGCGGAGUGCAUGGGCAGCGGCGAGUUCGAGAUGGACACGGAAAGCAACCGGCGCAUGCUAGCAACCACGGAAUACAUCAGCUAUGGUGCGCUGCAGGCGGACAGGACGACCUGCUCCGAGCCCGGCGCGUCCUACUACAACUGCCAGGAAGGAGGCGGAGCCAAUCCCUACACGCGUUCUUGCACCGCUGCCACACAGUGUCGCAGUUGAAUAAUUUAUCAACUAUAUAAAUAAUACAAAUUUCUACCUUCCUUUCUUUUUCUAAUCUUCUCAUUGCGUUUCAAAUAAAUAUAUAGAUGUGGAAUUUGAUAAUUUCGCACGCGUGGGUUGGAUACCGGAACUAUUUUCACUUUUAUUUUACAUCAAUAUUCUAAGAAUAAUAUGCAUUUCAAAAUUUCAAUUA